AUGAGUGUGCGCGGCAAGCAAGUGCAAAAUGGUACCUACGAGUUCGAUUACAUGCGAGUACCUGAUACCAGAACGCGCUGGCAGAUAUUUCGCGAUGGCAUCUACAAUCCGACGGAGGGAACGUACUGCGGUCAUCCGCCGAAAAAAUGGGGCAUGACUGUUAUCUUCUACGCUUGCUUCUACGCCGGACUGGCGAUACUUUUCAGCAUUUGCAUGAAAGCCAUGCUCGCCACAUUGAGCUAUGAGAAACCCAAGUGGACCUUAAGCAGCAGCCUGAUAGGUACUAAUCCAGGUUUGGGGUACCGACCGAUUCCGGAGAACCCCGAUGAGAGAUCACUUAUUUGGUACAACGCAUCAAAUGCAUCCGAAAUACGGAAAUGGACGAAACGCUUGGACAUGUUUUUGGAACAAUACAUCAAUUCAUCGCUUUUGCCAAAUGGCGGAAGAAACCAGCAGAUCUGCAGUUACAACAUGCCAGCGAAGCCUGAUAACGUAUGUGCGGUUGACGUAAACAAUUGGGGACCAUGUUCUCCAAAUCGACAAUACGGUUUCAACAACUCGGCACCUUGCGUUUUCAUUAAACUUAAUAGGAUAUACGGAUGGAUUCCCGAGUACUAUAACAACACUCAAAAUUUGCCGAGUGAAAUGCCAGUGGAACUAGUCAAAUACAUAAACAAAGUCGACGCUUCAUGGCUAAAUACCGUAUGGGUAUCUUGCAAAGGAGAGAAUCCUCAUGACCGAGAAAGUAUCGGUGAAUUGAAUUAUUAUCCUGAGGGACACGGCUUUCCAGGAUUCUAUUAUCCAUAUGAAAAUAUUCCCGGAUACUUAAGUCCCGUCGUCGCCGUCCAUUUUCUUCGACCAACAAGAAACCAGAUCAUCAACGUAGAGUGUCGAGCAUGGGCGAAAAAUAUCAAGUACAGUUCGUAUAGAUCCGAAAAGAAGGGUGCAGUACACUUUGAACUGAUGGUCGACGAAUGA